AUGAUUCAUAUUGAUCCCUUAGCUUUUGUUCCAUCCUUAAAAAAUUUAACAUCUCUCAAAAUACUCAAACUUAAAAACCUCGCUAUGUAUAGCGAAAUUCCAGCUCAGAUUGAUCGUUUGAGGCGCUUGGAAGUUCUUAACUUAAGCAAUAACAAACUUCAAGGAGAGAUUCCUAAAGAGCUUAGUAACUGCACAAAUAUCAAAGUACUUGUUUUCUUGGUAAACCGGUUCACAGGAAGAGUCCCCACAUGGUUUGGAUCAAUGAAGCAACUUACUAUCUUGAUUCUUGAGACCAAUAAUCUAGUUGGUACAAUUCCAUCUUCCCUAAAAAAUGUUUCAUCACUCCAAUUACUAACUCUUACAGAAAUGUUGAGUAUUGCUAAAAAUAAAUUGAUUGGUGAUUUACCAAAUCAGCUAUUUAGAUACCUAGAUGGUUUAAUAUAUAUUUACUUGUACAACAACUCUUUCACCGGUCCCAUUCCUUCAGAGUUUGGUAGCUUAAAGCAUCUUUCACAAUUGUAUCUAAACUCAAAUAAUUUGUCUGGUGAAAUUCCUAAGGAUUUAGCUUCUUGCUUAUCAUUGACAGGUCUUUGGUUGGGGGAAAACUUCUUAUAUGGAAGUAUACCUUUGUUCUUGGCCUCUUUUAAAUCCUUAGAAGUCUUAGACAUUUCUAACAACAAUUUCUCAAGUACAAUCCCCUUUGAACUAGAAAACCUGGCAUUUUUGAAUACUUUGGAUAUGUCAUUUAAUAAUCUGUAUGUCGAAGUUCCCAAAAAAGGUGUAUUUAGCAAUGUCGCAAAGGUUUCCCUAAUUGGAAAUAAGAACCUUUGUGGUGGGAUAUCUCAAUUAAAGCUUCUUCCAUGUUUAAAGAUCCCUUCCAAAAAGCACAAAAGAUCACUAAAAAAGAAACUUAUCAUCAUCGGUGUAUCUGGUGGGAUUUUGAUCUCUUUCAUAGCUUUUAUAAUUGUCCAUUUUCUCACGAUAAAUUCCAAAAAGUUACCUUCUUCACCAACUCUUCAAAAUAAUGGAGUUACUUACGGAGAGUUACAUGAAGCAUCCAAUGGAUUUUCUUCAGCCAAUUUGAUAGGGACGGGAAAUUUUGGAUCUGUUUACAAAGGAUCUCUUCUCAACUUUGAAACACCUAUUGCCGUAAAGGGGUUGAAUCUUGAAACACGCAGGGCAACAAAGAGUUUUGUGGUUGAAUGCAAUGCUCUAGGAAAGAUGAAGCACCGAAAUCUUGUUAAGAUCCUAACUUGUUGUUCUAGUGUUGAUUACAAGGGAGAAGAUUUCAAGGCUACUAUUUUCGAGUUCAUGCCUAAUGAGAGUCUAGAAAAGUUUUUGCAUGAUACUGAAGGGUUUGAAAAUCAUAGUCUCAGCCUCACACAAAAGGUAGAUAUUGCUUUUGAUGUAGCUCAUGCAUUGAAUUAUCUUCACCAUGAUGAAGAUCAAGUUGUAGUUCAUUGUGAUGUUAAGCCAAACAAUGUUCUUCUUGAUGAAGAUAUUGUUGCCCAUUUGGGAGACUUUGGUUUAGCUAGGCUCAUUCAUGGAGCCACCGAACAUUCAAGUAAAGAUCAAGUUAGUUCCUCAACAAUUAAAGGAACUAUAGGAUAUCUUCCUCCUGAGUACUGA